GCGCAAAAUAAAUAAAUAAAUAAAUAAAUUUAAAAAACAGAGAGAGACAGAGGUUUAGAGAGACAAUUGUUUAAAGGGAUGUGGGUGUGAAAAAGUGCCUGACACGGGAUGCUCCGCGGCGCUCCCCGGGCCUGACACGCCAACUAUGGUUCUGCUCGCACGAAAAGUCGUCUUCCUUCUCAUAUUGAUUUUCAUCCUUUCUCCCAUUUUGGAUGCGUCUGUGAGAUGCCCCGAAGGUCACAGGGUCUCCCGUGGUCAAAACAAGUGUGAGAGUUGCCCUCACGACCAGUACCAGGAUGAAGAAAAUUUAACCAACAAUUGCCGACCAUGCACGCGAUGCAAUCCUGAGCGGGGAAGUGAGGAGGAGCUGAGGUGCUUGAAAACUAGAGAUACUAAAUGUCGCUGCCGUCAAGGAUUUAUUCCCUUUGCCAAGGAUUUUACCAUCUGCAAGUGUAACCGGGGGUUUGGAUUGAUAAAGAAAGGCAACAUACCAGAGUGUCGAGAAUGUGAAGAUGGAUUUUUCAACAAAGACGUUUCUGACUUGCCCUGUCGUAAAUGGGCAGAGUGUAAAACAGGUGUGAAGGUUAAUGGCACCAAGACCUCAGAUGUCAUCUGUAAUGUGAAGUCGAGCAGCAGCAGUCCGGUCAUGGUGCCCACCACCACAAAUAAAAGAGACACUCUCAGUACACACUACACGUCCCGUCCUCCAAAUGUGAACAAGCCAAGCCAGGUGUCCCCUCCGACCAGCAGCACCACCUCCACUCCGCUCCUGUCAGUCAUCACGAAGACCACAAGGCGGCCCUUCACCCCAACCACAGACAACAGUGGUAUGUCUGUCCUGUUUGCGUUUGGAAUAGUGGGGCUGCUGAUACUGGUGACUGUGACUUGUAAACUCAACAUCAUCCCUUGCAUCCAGAGCUAUAAGAAGCAAAAGGGAAGACGAUCGGAGUUGGUGUCCAGGCCAGUUGAGGAAAGUGGUGACAGCAGUAACUCCUCCCUGGUCAAACUGAAUCCAGUGGAUCCCUGAUAUGUCACUGGCAUGAAUCUGUCCUCUAAUUCUGUGAAUUUUGGAUCAGGUUGUCCCUGUAUGAACUGUGUCAAACACAUUUCACCUAUUUUAAAUUAGAUACUGCAUCAGAAAAAAAGUGUUAUUUUACAG